UUUGACAACACUGUUCGAUAAAUAUAAUUUUCCUAAAGUUGUAUACUCGGUAUUCUGUAUACCUUUAUUUCAUGACAUAAAAUUAACCAAAAUAAAUAACAUUGUACCAUAUUAUCGUAAUUUUAUUUUACUUAAUUUAAAGUAUGUUCGACCUUUGCAUGUACAAUUUCUUGUUUAUAUUUUCAAUCUGAGUGUGAAAAUUUUUCGAUAAACCAAAAUGAGCGAAGAAAAUAUAGUGUUUCACCCUGGUUCUGAUCAAGAAGAAAAUUCUGGACAAAUGCGGGAGGUUGGAAUUAAUGGUUCAAAUGAAAAUCAGGACAACAAUGAAAUAAUCAGUGAAAAACUUGCCAAUGAUAUAAAUGAUGUAAAAUCACAAGUUGUAAAUAAUGAGACAGAAUAUACUGACAUGAAUGUAAAUGAUGACAAAGACACCAGUAACGCACCUUUACAAAAAACUGAAUGUGAAAGGAUAAUGAAUACCCCACAAAAGGUUUUAGCUCAGACUUGUAUAAUGGGUGAUGUGUCGUUGACACCUACACAUAGAAUUUUUACACCACAAACUAGCAAUCCUCAUAAUGCAAUGGUUGCUAUUACUCCAAUUGCAACAGAAACCAGUCAAGCAAAGAAUAGUAUAAAGUUACAAAAUUGUGUUUCAUCUGUAAGCUUGGGAUGUGAAUUAAAACUAUUAGACAUUUAUAGUCGUACAAGGUUCUCAGAAUAUAAUCCGGCACGGUUUCAUGGUGUUGUAAUGAAAAUACUUGAUCCUCGGGCAACAGCUCUAGUUUUCAGGUCUGGGAAAAUAGUGUGUACGGGUGCAAGAAAUGAACAUGAUUCCUAUAUUGCUGCUAGAAAAUUUGCUAGAAUUAUACAAAAACUAGGAUUUCCAGCAAAAUUUUUAGAUUUUAAAAUACAAAACUUCAUCGCCACAGCUGAUCUCAGAUUUCCUAUAAGAUUGGAAUCAUUGCAACAGGCUCAUGGUCAAUUUUCAUCAUAUGAACCUGAAUUAUUUCCUGGGCUAGUGUAUCGAAUGGUGCGCCCAAAAGUUGUAUUACUCAUAUUUGUCAAUGGGAAAAUAGUUUUUACAGGUGGAAAGACAAGAAAUGAAAUAAGUGAAGCUUUAGACAUUAUUUAUCCUAUUUUACGAAGUUACAGAAAAAAUUGACUAAUUUACUUAAAUUUUGACCUGUAAAAUGUUUUAUUUAAAAAAUAAUUAAAAUUGUGUUACGAAU